GGUGACAACUCAGUUAUCGAUUUUCGUGGAUAAUAAGCAUGCAUGGGUUUUUGCUGUCAAUAGAUUCCAGCAGCUCCUUCCACACCUAAAAUGCCGCCCAGACGAAGUGAGAGGAUUCGAUGUCAGAGGGAAGCCGUGGAUGCAGCAGCUAGCACCCGAUCAAAUUCCCUUCCAGAAGACAGACUUCACCGGACUCGCAAUGCGAAUCCACAGGCCACGGCAAUUCGUGGUGCCCGUGGAGCCACCAGGAGCCGGAUUCCAACCGCUCGAGUCGCCAAUCGAGGUCGUGCAUCAACUAUAUCAACUCGUAGACAAAGAGGUGGUCGUGGGACUGCGAGGGGAAGGAACAUUGCCAGAAUUCCACCAAAUAGAUCUAGAAAUCCCGCUUCGGUGGUGGCUAAUGAAGGUGGUCCGGAAGGCACAGGUACGAACCCACCCAACAACCCAGCUGCUCCUGAGACACCUCCGCGACGAGUUGGGGUCGUAGGAAUGGUAAUGAAUUUUUUCCGUGGCGAUCCACCGAUGGCAAGCAAUCCUACGGGUCAAAAUAUUUCCCUAAUACAGAGACUUGAACGCAUUGGUACCGAAAUUCCCACCCAAGGUAGCCCCCUCACCACAGCCAGAUUGCAAAAGGAGAUCGCCGAGUUCUCGAGGGGAACCAUAGAAGGCUGCAACGUUGAGGUGGUCGAUAACAACCUGUUCCUCUGGAUAGCCACCAUACCAGGUCCCCCGGAAACCCCUUAUGAAGGCGGGCACUUCAAGUUGCAGCUUGUCUUUCCCAAGACCUAUCCAUUCCAAGCACCGUAUAUUUCUUUUAUCACUCGGAUUUACCAUUGCAACAUCGCCAUGUCCGGCCACAUCUGCCUGGACAUUCUCAAAGACCAGUGGUCGCCAGCUUUGUCCGUCUCCAAGCUCCUCAUCUCCAUCAUGUCCUUGAUGGCCGAUCCGAACCCAAACGAUCCACUGGAACCGACAAUCGCUGCACUCUAUAAGCGCAAUCGCUCCCUACAUGAUGAGAAUGCCCGCGAAUGCACCCAAAAGUUUGCCAAACAGUAAGAUAUUUCCUAGAAGUGGUUUUCAAAUAAAUUUAUUGGAUGUUUUUGUG